AUGACGACGAGGCCAACAACAGCAUUGGGCACAGCCGAUGCCGCAUCGAUGGCCCAACUGGCGACAUUGGAGCUGCAAUACUUUAGGGCUGUCUCCCUCUAUCGACGUCGAAGUUAUGAAAAAUGUGCCGAGGUGUGCAACGCGCUGUUGCAGGCCGGUCACGAAAACAAUGUUCAAAUGUUUGCUGCCUCCUCCUCCAUCUCCUCCUCAAUGGCUCUGGAACUGCAGCAGCAACAGCAACGGGAUGAGGAGCAAUACAGUAGCAAUUUGCAACGCAUUGGCCCUCGGGCACAGGGCAGACGUCGCGGCGCAGGCGCAGGCGUUGGCGUUGGCAUUGGUGCUGGGUCUGGUGCUGGCAGCGACGCAGCAGAGAGCCAUAAAAUAACGUCCAUCAUGCCCACUUGGCUCAUGGAGGGCGUGUGGCAAUUAAAGAUGCGCGCACUAACCCAACGCGUCUACCUCGACGACUUGGAGACGGACGAUGCAAUGGAUGAGGUGCAUGAGGAAGUGGAGUUCGAGCGCAUAGCAACGGCCGCAAGACCAGGCACAUCCAUAAAAACAGCCUUUAAGCCGCGUCCCAGCAGCGCAGCACGUCCCGCUGUUGGUCCACACGCCCGCUCUAGCGAUGGACGCAUGUACAGUGCCAGGCCCACAUCGGCUGUGGCACGUCCUGGAACAAGUCUCAGCCGGCCUGGCUCCUCGUUGGGCGCACGUCCUGCGUCACGGUGCGGCACUGCGUCCCGGGUGUGUGCCACCUCGGCAGCUGCCUACAAUGUGGGCGAUGCAACGUCUAAGCUGUAUCAGGCCUCACGCCUGAAUCCCACCAUUUAUGCGGAGCGUGAAAUGCUGGUGAAGGCUCUAUUCCAAUUUCUGUACUACCAUGAGGCGGAUGUGCAGAAGGCGUACUCGUUGUGUGAGGCCGUCCUGGAUGUGCAGCGUCAGAAGAUGGGCGGGACUGUUUUACCCAACGCUCGCGCCGAUUGGUGGUGGAAACAGCAAAUAGGGCGUUGCCUGCUCGCAUUGCAUUAUCCGCGCAAGGCCGAACCCUAUCUGGAGCAGUCGUUGGCCGCCUUUCCACAUCCCGAUACCUAUUUGCUGUUAUCCCGACUAUAUCAGAGAUUGAAGCAGCCGGAACGCGCUUUGCAGCUGAUAGGCGAGGCCGCGCAACGACAUCCCUUUGAUGUCGUCUACCGUACGGAGCAGGGACGGAUCUAUGAUGCAAUUGCCAAGCCAGAAGAGGCACUGCAGAUGUAUCGUUUGGUGUCCAAGCUGAAUCCUAUUAAUAUCGAGGCCCUCGCCAGUAUUGCAGUUAACUAUUUCUAUGAUAAUAAUCCGGAAAUGGCGCUCAUGUAUUAUCGACGUAUUCUCUCGCUGGGCGUCCACACCGCAGAGUUAUAUUGCAAUAUAGCCUUGUGUUGUCUCUAUGGGGGACAGAUUGAUUUGGUACUGCCCUGUUUCCAACGUGCCCUGAUUAUGGCGACGGUGCCGGAGCAAAAAGCGGAUGUCUGGUACAAUCUCAGCUUUGUGGCCAUUACCACCGGAGAUUUUCAGCUGGCUAGGCGUUGCCUAAAGCUCUGCCUGACCUCCGACUCACGCAAUGGCGCCGCACUAAACAACCUGGCCGUACUGGCUGCUCAUGGUGGCGACAUUAUGGGGGCCAAAUCCUACCUUAAUGCGGCCAAGGAUGUGCUGCCCAAUUCAAAUGAGAUAGUCACUAAUCUGGAGUACAUGGACUUGCACUACAAAUUAUAG